GCUCACCACAUGGCCGGACUGCACGGGGCUCGGAUGUUAUGAAGUGGAGCUGAACACUUCUAUACGUGUUUGAUUGUUCCAAGAACCUUAGUUUUGUAGGCGAAAUACACCAUUAAUCAAAAAUGUCGCAGUUACAGGCGAGGUUCUUCACGGACAACAAAAGGUAUGUUGUGGAAGACGUCCCCUUCUCCAUCCCGGCUGCGUCGGAAGUACGAGACCUCAGCAACAUCAUCAACAAGCUGCUGGAGGCACACAAUGCAUCUCACAGUAAAGUGGAGUUUGACUUCUUGGUCAAGGGUCAGUUCCUGCGAACGCCGCUAUCCAGCCACAUGGAAACGGAGGGGAUUUCAACGGAAGACGUGGUGGAGAUAGAGUACGUGGAAAAGAUCACAGCUCCGGAGCCCGAGGAGUGUAUGAUGCACGAUGACUGGAUCAGCUCCAUCGACGCAGACGCUGAGUGGAUCCUGACGGGCUCCUACGACAAGACGGCCAGGAUCUGGUCUGCAGAAGGCAAGGCGGUGAUGACGGUGGCAGGACACUCGGACGUGGUCAAAGACGUAGCCUGGGUCAAAAGAGACGGCCUGACGUCUCUGCUCCUGACGGCCUCCCUGGACCAGACCGUGCUGCUGUGGGAGUGGAACUCUGAGAGGAACAAGCUGAAGGCGCGGCACUGCUGCCGAGGCCACACAGCAAGUGUGGAUGCCGUUUCCACGGACCCCACCGGGUCAAAGUUUUGCAGCGGCUCCUGGGACAAAAUGUUGAAGAUCUGGUCAGCAGAACCCACAGAUGAGGCGGAGGAGGUGGAGGAGCCUUCAGACAGACCCAGGAAGAAGCAGAAGACGCAGCAGCUGGGCCUCACCAGGACUCCCUUGAUGACGUUAUCUGGACACAAUGAGGCCGUGUCCGCCGUCCUCUGGAGUGACGCUGAGGAAGUCUGCAGUGCAUCCUGGGAUCACACCAUCCGCCUGUGGGAUGUUGAGACUGGAGGAAUGAAGACCACGUUGAUGGGCAGUAAAGUGUUUAACUGUGUUUCCUACUCCCCGUUGUGUCGACGGCUGGCCUCAGGCAGCACCGACAGACACAUCAGGCUCUGGGACCCCCGCGUCAAAGACGGCGCUCUGGUGCUGCUGUCUCUCACCUCCCACACCGGCUGGGUCACCGCCGUCAAGUGGGCGCCGUCUAACGAGCACCAGCUCGUCUCCGGCUCCCUGGACAACCUGGUCAAACUCUGGGACACAAGGAGCUACAAGGCUCCUCUGUAUGACCUGGCAGCUCACGAGGACAAAGUCUUCUGCGUGGACUGGACAGAAAGCGGCCUGAUGUUGAGUGGAGGUGCAGAUAACAAGCUGUACACGUACAGAUAUUCAGCGUGUCAGACGGAUGCAGGGGCGUAGCGACACACUGCAGGGGACGGGACACGGAUGUGGAUGUAUUGGAUAAAAACCUUAGAUUUUACACAAAUUUCCUCUUGGCUUGUCUUUGUUUCAAUGUUAUUCAAAUAAAGUAUUAAUUAAUUUUG